AUGGUUCAGGCAAAAAAAUGUUCGAAUGAUUCACCGCAAAUUGCUCCAGAAUACCACCUCAUUGGAAAAUGCCAACGAUCUAAGCUAAAUGUAGCCGCAAAAGCCAAUUACACCACGCUAUCAAGCUGCAAGCAAUUUGGUCUUGGUAAGCGGGCUCUGUCUCUAAACUUUAGCCCGCGGAACGCGAAUGGCAGAAGAUGGAAAACCUUGGAGUAUACUUGUGAAGUUUUGCAGUGUGCUGAAACUAACACCGGUUUAUCUCUAACUAAGGAUUUUAGAUACGACUACUACAGCAUAUUUGGAAAUCCUUUGCCUACCGUAAACUCGACUUGCGUCCCCACCACGGGAAUGUUCUACCUCAUUACGCAAAGAAUGAAUUACACAGAGGCAGAAAAACUUUGUCAGAACAAAAGCAGUGUGUUGGCCGAUGUAAGUACUGAACAGAGAACAGACACGCUGGCACAAUUGCUGGCUGAUGAAGGUGAAGAUUCCGCGUACAUCAGUCUUAAACGGAGUAACAGCAGCGAUUUCUUUACUUCAAACGGUGACUCAUUAGGGUGCACAUCAUAUCGCGCCUGGGCACCCGGUCAUCCCAAGCGAGGAGAAAAAUUCGAUUGUGUGGUUAUAACAAAACAUCGUACAUGGCGGACAGUUCCAUGUGAUGAAUCACUAGCCGCGCUAUGCGAGCUGAAGCCGGAUAAACCUAAUCGAAAAAUAAAUCUAUUCCCACAUCUAAACAAUUAA